AUGUAUAGGCAGAUUCCCCUAAACCCUGCACACACCGCUUUUCAGAGAAUUCUCUUUCGAGAUGAUCGUGGGGACAUCAGGGACUAUGAGCUUCAGACUGUCACGUUUGGAGUUAAUUGUGCCCCGUUUCUAGCUUUACGAACGUUGCGGCAGCUGUCCGAGGAUGUCCACGCCCUAUAUCCACGGGCAUCUCGAAUAAUUUCAGAUUAUAUGUAUGUGGACGAUGUGCUUGCAGGAGCCCACACGAAGGUCGAGGCUACUUUAGCCAUUCAAGAGUUGAGGACAGCUCUGAGCUCCGCAGGAUUUCCUCUCCGCAAGUGGACAGCAAAUGAGCGAACUCUCCUAAAGGCACUUCCUUCAGACCACCUGCUCUCAGGUGACUUCCUCGAUAUCGAAGAGGUGAGCACCACGAAAACGUUGGGAAUACGGUGGAACGCCAAGGCGGAUGAGUUCUAUUUUGUCCCGACUGAGCUUGUUGUCAAUGCGAAUUAUUCCAAGCGCAACGUCCUAUCGCAAAUCGCAAAACUGUUCGAUCCCGCUGGAUGGUUGUCCCCAUUUGUAGUCCAGGCCAAGAUCCUAAUGCAGGAUAUAUGGUUAGCCGGCAUUGCAUGGGACGAGUUUUUCCCUGCAGAGCUACGGCAACGCUGGCAUGAUUUCCUUCGCAGCCAUAGUUCCCUCCACAAGGUUCGCGUCCCGCGUUGGGUACAAUUCCGACCGGGAGCACAAGUUCAGAUCCAUGGCUUCUGUGAUGCAUCUCAGAAGGCCUAUGGCUCAGCGAUUUAUGUUCGCAUCCAAUACGACGGAGGCAUUUCGUCGAGUCUGCUCACGUCAAAGACUAAAGUCGCCCCUGUCAAAACCGUUUCACUCCCGCGCUUAGAAUUGUGUGGUGCAGUUCUUCUUGCUGACCUGUGGGCUGCAAUUCUUCCUCACAUCCCGUUUGGUCGAAUAGAGACGUUUUUCUGGACUGAUUCCACCAUUGUGUUGGCAUGGUUGAACAAGCCACCAUGUCAAUGGACCACCUUCGUAGCGAAUCGAGUGACUAAGAUUGCUCUAAAUACAGAUGCCAGUCAAUGGUCACAUGUGCGUUCCGAGCACAAUCCAGCAGAUCUAGCCAGUCGUGGUGUCACGGCUGAAGAGCUGGCAAGUAGUGACCUCUGGUGGCAUGGCCCGUCGUGGCUGAGUCAGCCGCAAGUCGCCUGGCCCACGUCGCACGAAGAGGUAUCGGACCCUGAACUCGAAAGACGAUCCGUCCGGUGCCAUUUAGCGUGUCCAGCAUGGGAUCUCCUAGAGCGUUUUUCAAACUUCAAUCGCAUGCUGCGAGUCAUGGCUUUUGUGCAGCGGUUCAUCAACCGCUGCAGAUGCAUUCCUACGCCUUCUUCUACAGACUUAAGCAGUAAAGAACUCGCCCAUAUACAACUCAUGCUUAUUAGGCAAACUCAACGGGCCGACUAUCCAGAGGAAUACAACAUCCUGCAAUCCAAAGGACAGCUUCCCUCGUCCAGUUGUAUCCUCAACCUUAAUCCGUUCCUGGAUGCUGACGGCAUCAUGAGGUCAUGCGGUCGUUUGACUGCAUCUGACUCGUUAUCCUACGACGAACGUCAUCCUAUCCUUUUGGCGUACCAUUCCAAACUAGCAGAGCUUCUGGUCACAUUUACUCACCGUAUCUCCAUACACGGGGGAAACCAGCUUAUGGUUCGUCUCAUCCGGACGAGAUACUGGAUUCCGAAGCUGCGGAACCUGAUCAAACGUGUGACCACGACCUGCAAGGUGUGUGUCAUUCACCGGAAGAAGGUGCAGUCCCAGCUAAUGGGUAAACUACCUCAGUCCAGAGCGACCUAUUCGCGACCCUUUACACACACAGGACUCGACUUCGCGGGACCGUUUGAUGUCAAGAGCUAUUCAGGUCGGGCCUGUCGAAUCACGAAGGGCUAUGUCUGCGUCUUCGUGUGCUUCAGUACGAAGGCCAUCCAUUUGGAAGCCACUUCGGACUUGACCACGGAGAAAUUCCUCGAAGCCUUCUCAAGGUUCGCGGCCAGAAGAGGGUGCCCUCUCCAUCUUUACUCGGACAACGGAAAGACUUUUGUGGGCGCGGAGAAGGCCCUCACAGAAGAUUUCAUCGCUGCGGUUAAGGAAAAGGUUACCUCGUCAUUUAGUCACCAGAGCCUAUCCUGGCAUUUCAACCCUCCAGGCGCCCCCCAUAUGGGAGGCCUGUGGGAAGCAGGAGUCAAGAGCUUCAAGACUCACUUCUACAAGACGACAGGUAAUUUUAAGUAUACCCUUGAAGAGUUAUCCACUCUACUGUGUCGGAUCGAGGCAUGCCUCAACUCCAGACCAAUUUCAGCGAUGUCAGAAGAUCCGUCGGAUAUCCUCGCUCUCACUCCGGGACAUUUUCUGAUAGGCGGACCGCUACUUGUCCCCGCCGAACCUCCCACCGCCGGCGAAGCCAGUUCUAUCCUGAACCGAUGGCAGCGACUCAAAGCCCUUGGCCAGCUUUUCGCAUCGAGAUGGAAAGCUGAAUACCUGAAAGAGUUCCAUAAGAGGACCAAGUGGCAAAUUCCAACCAGGAAUAUGUCCGAAGGCGACAUGCUCAUCGACAGAUGUUCUCGAGGAACUCGAUCGUUCCGAUGCCGAGUCUGUCAGGGGAUUCAUCCGCUUCGGACGUGUUCGCGGUUUCUCCGGCUAGAUGCAGAGCGGCGGCUCCGUGCGGUCCUCAUCAACAAAUAUUGCCCGAACUGCUUGGCGCACCAGCAUUCCGGAGGCUCGUGCCGAAGUGAGUGUCGCUGCCGAGUAUGUGGGGACGCUCAUCACACCCUGCUGCAUCUCCAUCGGCGGGAAAAGCGAGAGCGGUCUGCCAGCGCGGACAGGCCCAUCGAGACGCCAGAGCCGAAGGCCAACAUCGAGCAACAGCCAGAACGGGCACAUCGUAGCACAGAGCACUGUUUUAGGAUGGAUGCUCUCCAGAACAUACGCCCACUGACGCAUCACAGAUUCUUUUGCAAUCUGUGGCAUUGCAAGGCGGGCGGGAUGUUUACUCCAGCUCCCGUGUGCCAGUUCCACGCGUCCCUAAAUGGAGAAGGGAAUCCACCCACUCUCUUUUGAAAAAGGGAGUAUUCUUCCAUUAGGGACCGCUGGCCACACCCUUUCCUUUUUUGCUUACUCACUUACUUACUUUCAUUUCUACAAGUCACGAAGACACAAAAUUUGGAGCAACCUGUUUAUAUUUGUACAUAUAUACAUCAAAGUGAAUAAAGACUACCCUUUGGAGAACCAGAAAUCCUCGCCUCUGCGUUUCAAUUGGAAUCAAAACGAUCCGGUUUCUCA